AUGUACUGGUCUGUACUAGGAUGCAUCAUCGGCGUUCAGUACGUCCACGAGUGGUUCGUGUUAUGGAUCCCAUUCUACGAAGAAUUCUUCGCUGUUUCUCUUGGGAAUGCUGCCCGCCCUGGUUCAUCAUCCGCAGCGGUGGGUGCUGGUGCUGGUGCGGGACGCGUCUUUGGUGGUGCUGGUGCUCGUGGUGUGGCGGUGGGCGAUGCUGGGGAGUCUGUGCUAUGGAGGACUUAUGGGCCUGCUAUCAUCGCCGGUGGUGCUGAUUUGCUGCACCGACGCAAGGAAGUGGAGAAGGUGACCAGGCGUUCAGAUGGUGCUUGCUGUGCUCGUCGACGUCCAACCUCUUUCCUUCAACUGAAAAAAAUCGAUCGCGCCUCUCUUCUCACUCUCAGGGUCACUAGUACUGCUCACUUCACAUUCGCUUUCUCGGCAUGGCAUACAGACUGGACCACUGGCAAUUACACUCUUUCAGUUUACUGGUUUGGAAUCAAACUCGAAGCUUUCAACCUCGUUCUUUGCUCCUUCGAGCUUAGACUAAAGACCUUACCGGCCGCGGAAUUGGAAGGAAGUGUGGUAUGCGGUAUUAGUACCGUGGCGUACCCGAGGCUUGGCCGAGGGGUUGACCGGGUUCAUUCCCGAGUCUACUUCACUGCGAUGUUAUUCUCGAAGCCAGUGCAUCUAUUAUACAAGUCCGCCACUGUAUCGAGUAUGCAGAUCCACGAACCCGGGCCCGAUGAAGUCCGCACCGCUCAAGCCUCGACGACGUCGCAUCUUUUCCCUGCGAAGAUCCGUGGACUGAUUCCUGGUGGCAAUGGAUCUUCUGUCAUCCAGGGAAACGUUGAUCAUACUCAAUUCGUGGCGCUCGUUCAGACGUUCUGGUUCUAG